CGAUCAUUCUUCCUGAAAUCUACCAGCUGCGAAGGCGAGAUGCUUUCGCAUCUUAACAUACUUGUGACCGUACUGUUCGUGACGUCGAUACAAAGUUUGAGCUUCGCAUCUAUGGAUACGGCUACAUCCAUCCCUUUUUCGGAGGAAACCAGGAUACGGCUCAAACGGAUUGUGAGAUUUUCACGAAGGCCAUGGAUAGAAGGUUUCAAAUCGAUACUCCAUACCACUGAAUCUUCCUGUGCGGAUGACGUCGCAGGAUUGAUAGAAGCCAUGGAGUCUGGUCAAGAAUGGGCUUUUCAAAUGUUGGAUGCAUCGUCGAGUUUUCCAUCAGGACUUAUGAAGGGAAACUUUAGAGACGUCGGAAUGUACGACGAGUGCAUCGAAGUCAAUGAGAAAUACAAGCACGUCAGUAUCCGGGGUAAGCACUGCAUGGCUUCUCUGGGUUCGAUGUCUCCAAAGUCAUCCGUGGUCAAUAGUAUAGACCUUUGUCGCAUUUUCUCGUCACUUUGUGUUCCAUCGUCGUGCAAUGAGACCCACGUCGAGCAGAUCAUCAAUGCCACCAUCGCGGAAACACCAGGUUUCAGCGACCUAGGAUUAGCAGCUAGUGAAGCGUCCUGUACGCGAGUGGAAUCUAAUGACUGGAGUGCUGAAGAACUUUACACACUGAUUUUCUUCUUGGCCGUUGCAGUAGUCAUGAUUGGUUGCACCAUUUGCGACUUAGCUAGAAGGUACAAGCCGACAGAAGCAUCGACUUUAAUGGAUACAUUUGCGAAAUUCUCCCUCUACACCAACGCACUCGCUGUGUUAAGCACGAAAGAAAAUUCCGACACGCUGCAAUCGAUCGAAGGUAUCAGAGUUCUGAGUAUGUGCUGGGUUAUACUGACCCAUGGUUGCAUUUUGCUGUUCCUCAGGCCAGUUGUGAAUGGAUCAGAUUCUGACAAAUGGUUGAAUUCAUGGGCAUCCUUGUACAUAGAGGCCGCUCCAUUUGCUGUCGAGACCUUCCUUCUAAUAAGCGGAUUUUUCACGGCUUACCUGCGUCUCAAAACCAUGAAGUCGGAAAAACGGAUCAAUUGGCCACUAUUCUACCUUUCACGUUACCUCAGACUCACGCCAUCCUUAUGCAUCGUUCUGUUGUACGUUUCGGUGCUUGCACCUCGCUUGGGAAAUGGCCCCCUCUGGAAUACUUUGUUCUCUGGAGGCAUAGAAACUUGCCAAGAAAAUUGGUGGAUCAAUUUAUUGUACCUUCAGAACUUGGUAAAUUCGCCAAAAAUUUGUUUACCCCACACCUGGUCCUUGGCUGUUGAUAUGCAACUCUUUUGGAUAUCUCCAAUUAUCGUGUAUCCACUUUACCGUUGGCCAAAACAUGGAAUCCGAAUACUUGGUUUAUUCCUCAUCGCCUCGAUUGUCACACCACCCAUUAUUCUAGCUAUCAAUGGUUACUCGAACAGAGUGAUUACUCUGCGCUUAGAUUUGGGAAAAUUGAUCUUUGACGACUUCCUUAACUUCUACAAGCUUACUUAUAAUCGAGCCAGCGCCUACUUUUUCGGAAUCUUCUUGGGUUAUGACAUGGCGACUAAGGAGAGGCAGCUUACGAAGGUGAACGUAUCGAUCAACUGGGUUGUAACCUCUGUCCUUCUCCUAUACUGUAUGUGUGCUACCCACUACAACUACAACAAGGAUUUUGCCUACAACCGUGUUUUGGAAGUUGUACUUGCACUCACUUUACGUCCGUGCUGGUCGAUUGCCAUUGCUUGGACAAUUUAUGCAUGUACUCACGGAUAUGGGGGCUCCGUUAACAGAUUUUUGUCCGCGCCGUUCUUUCGACCCCUCAGUCGGAUAUCGUAUUCCAUUUACUUGCUGCAUUUUUUGAUCCAAUCUCAGAGGAAUGCGAUCGCACGGACUCCCGUGGCGUUUUCAAAUUCUUUGGUUAUUCACGAGUACUUGAUUGAUUUGGCGCUUUCGGUCGUUGCAGCUUUUGUCUUCACCUUGUGCUUCGAAUCUCCACUGGUAGUGUUGACAAAGAUUUUCGUUAAGCCGAAGUCAGAGGCUAACCAAGUCGCCCUGGCGUGA